GCUGCCAAGUUUAUUGAAACCGCAGAACUCGUGAGCAGCGGACGUGUCUCGCUCGAUCGCACCGCGCACCUGUUUUAAUCUCCGUUCGCUCUCUCUCGCACUCGCACUCGCACUCUCACUCUCGAUCGCUCAAACUCUCGAUUGAGGAGUCAAUUCGCUGGCAGUUGCAUUGUCGGACGAGCGUCUUGGGGAUUCGUGAUAUCGUGUCGCAGUUUGAUUGAAUUUGAUGUGAAUAAUAGGGAGAAGAGUCUGGAAUAUUACAUAUUAUUUGUAUUUGGCAAUACUCUUGUGCACACGCUGUCGCCGGCUUGCGUUUGCGUUUGCAGUUGCCUCAGAUUUUGUCAUCGCCGCCGCGUCUCCGGCUCCGAUCAUUGUUAUUCUGCUCCUACGCGAUAAUUAUUCGAACUCGUUCGCGGAUUUCGACUCUGUAUUUGGGCAAUGCCCAAUUCUAAAUUGUUAAUUGCGUGACAAAGAAAACAAAAAUAAAUCAGCGAGCAACUGUAACUCCUACCCCACCCACGAAAAUGCAAAACGAAAUGAACAAAUCACACCGUUGCGGCGGCAGCUCUGCCAGCAUUACCGUUAUGCUGAUGCUGCUGCUCCUCAGCGUCCACGCAGCCGUUGGAAGGCCUGAUGUACGGCCAUCGCCAUUCGCCUUAGAGCUGCAGCCGCCACUGGCGCAGACGGCGGAGGCAUUCAAUGGGGCCGAGGUAGGCGGACAGAGGUCCGUCGACAGCUACGGCAAUCCCAUUGCAGGCCUGCGCCCCAUCGACACUCCCGACGGGCGCAAGGUGGUCAGCGCCCAGGGCCUCCAGUUCGAGAUACCCACCUACGCGUCCGGCAUCACGGAGAUCCGACAGCCGGCAGAUGAUCUGCUCCCGCCCCACAUUGAUGCCAUCGCAGUGGGCCUGGCCCCGCCCUCGGACACGAGCACCGGUCCGAACUCAUUCGCACCAGACCCAGUGUCUGCAUCUGCAUCUGCAUCUGCAUCCGCACCAGCACCAAUACCAGCCACAUCACUAACACCUCCAAAGCAUAGCCCAUCCCCCACAACGACGACUGUCACCACGGAUGUGGAGGUGGAGCAGGCACAGCUGGUGCCGAUUCAGCAGCAGCAGCAGCAACAGCAAGAGGAGAGCGUCCAGGAGCUGCUGGUGGCCAGUGGAACACUGCCCGAGUAUAUCCGAGAGCUGCAGCGUCAGGAUCCCGAUAUUGGUGGCCCAGUGCCGUGGACUCCCGCACCGAAUGCAGCGCCCCUGAGUGUCAUCGCCUGGGAUCUGCUGCCGCCGCAUCUCACGGAUCCUGCCACGACCCCAGAGCCACUGAUAAUCACCGAGCAGCAGCCGACGAGGUACGUGCAGGGCGUGGAGGAUCCCACCAGCCACAACAUUGGCCUGAGCCUGAGCAGCGGAGCUGCCCUGACCCCGGCCGCACCUGUGCCCCAACAGACGCAGGGCCAGGUGUCGGUGGUGCCGCUGCAGCGGGAUGGACCGGAAGCUCAUGGCACCAAUGCGCAUGUGGGCAGCACGACGCCGAGCAAUGCGGGUGGCAGGUUCCCCAAUCGUCAGCGCGGCUCGGCGCACUAUAGCACCACCAGAAGCACGACCACAACGCCAAGGACAAGGAGCACCAGCACCACUCAACCCCCAACAACAGAGGCAACAACGACCACGACAACAACCAGCACAACCAGGAGAACAACCACCACACGGAGACCAGUCACAACGACUAGGCGCACGACCACGGUGCAGCCAACGCCGCGCAGCACCACCCCAUUGGAUCCAUCAACCUUCUACAGGCUGGACAACAAUGAGGAGUACGCGUACACACUGCCACCGUGGCUGCAGGAAGUCACGGAUCCGGAUCUGGACGUGGCCGUCACCUUCAUUGUGCCCACGGACAAUGACCAGUACAAUCACACGCUGGCCGAGGAUCUGGAGCCGCCGUACGAGCCGUUCGUGGAUCUCAACAACAUUCAGUUGACGCCGCCACCAACGGCGCGGCCUCCACCACUGCCCACCACCACAGGCAGCCCCACCAGCAGCAGCACCACCAGAGCCCCAAAAACAACGACGACCACGCCCACUCGGCGGUCGAGCACGCUGCGAACCACCAAAGCACCCUCCAUACCCACAACGCACAGCACAACACAACCACCACAGAAACCGCACACGACACAGCAGCCACAGAAACCGAAACUGAUCCCAACCACCACCCACCAUACAGAUCUCCUGGAUGGGGCAAGCACGCCUGCGGCAGCGGAGGAAAACCCCUUUGACUCGUCCACAGUGCCGGCCUGGCUGAGGGACUUUGACUAUCCCGAUGUGGGUCCAGGAGUGCCCUACAAUCCGGACAACUUCAAGGAGCCAGCCGCGACGCAGCCGGCGGGAGGUAGUAAACCCAAUGACUUUAGGCCCCAGGGCUUUGAGGCGGCAUCAGCCGCAACCCCACGCUCCCCGCCCGCCCCACUCCCGACCAGAGCAGCACCUGCUGCGGCCUCCGUCUCCUCCGCUUUUCCAUCCAAAGUCACGCUUCCGCUUCCAGGCAACGUCCAGGGCAUCGAGAGCAGCUCCAACGAGAGCCCAGAGCCACCGCUGGUACUGGUGCCGCCAGCUGACAAGCCCAGCGACGAGUCCGCCACCGCCACCGCCACCUCCACGGCCUUCGCCUACAGCAGCACCAGCAGCUCCGUCCCACCAAAUCCUACUACAAACUCUGUCACCAAUUUUGCAGCACGCUUUGAUCCCCAGGGCAUUCAGUCCUCCGUCCCCGUCCCCGUCCCCGCACCCACCCAGGCUCCCAAGGCUGCCAGCGAGGACCAGUUCCCGCCCUUCAAUGGCGGCAGCUCUACGGACGGCGUCACCAAGAAGGUGGGGUACAAGAAGAGCGACGAGGGAAAGGUGAUCAGCACCCCGAUCAGUGGCCAGCGCAAGGAUACGUCGACGCCCCCCAGCAACACGGGCAAGUACACGGGAGGAUUUGGAGCCCCUGCGGGUCUGCUGCGUCCCCAGGCUGCAGGCACUUUCGGCUCCGGCGCCAACACCAAUCCCGCAGCCAACAGUCAGGACAGCAAUGGCAGCAUCUACGUGGCCGGCAGCCAGCACGAAUUUAGCAACACGCUCAAGGCCAACAGAGCUCGUCCCACCGUCAAUCCGGGCCGCUACACCGGCGGCUUCGGGGCACCCGUCGGUGUUCUUUCUGCUCAGGCAGAGCCAAGACCCUUCCAGCAGGCACAGCAGACACAGCAGACACAGCAGCAGCAUAGUCAAGUGGCCAGCCCUGGCCAGUCCAGGUUCGGAGGCCCUCCCGGCGUGCUGGUCCCCUUCGACAAUGUGCAGCGUGCUGGCGGCCAGUAGGACAGUGGGCCAAAGGGUCACAUAUCCCGGCAAAAACACUUUAAAUUAUUUAUAAUCUAAGUACGUGUACUUAUGUUAAAGCUUAGUAAGUUGUCGUUGAGGCAACUAUUAACAUAACCCCCCCCGCCCCGACACCUUUUGUAGCAACAAUCUAUGCGAACCUCCCGAGUGUUUUCCAGUUUCCAUGUGGCAUAAGCACUAGCUUAAACGAAUGUGAAACGCUCCUUUAAUAAUAAAUCGCCAGUCGACUAUCGAAACGAA